AUGGAAGAUAAAGAUGUAUCAAGAACGAGACGGUAUACUCUGUCCGGCAGCGCACAACGUCCGCCCUUCAGCCCAUUGUCUCCGGUGCACCGCUCGUGCAUCGCUCCCGAGGAGGGUUGCCGAGAGGGCGAGGGUCGGUGGAAUUCAGAAGCACAAGAGACACAACCGGCGGAGGCGCGAACAGGAGGAGACUUGAGUGCGCUGGAGCAAGAGGAGUGGGUGAAGGUCUCUUGGAAGAAAGGGGAGUGCAGGGAGGAGAUUAAGCUUAUUGCAGAGGCGUCCGGCCUGGCUUUCGACGACGCUCGAAUCGUGGCCUUGCGUCUAUACAACCACUUCAACUGGCUCCUUCAGCUCCAGGAACGGUCGGAACAGCUCUUGGUAGUGAUAGGCCGGGAACGGCGUCUGUUUCUGACCCUCGUCAGAAACGAAGCCCUUGCUCUAUCUCAAGCAUCUGCUACCCAUAAGGCUAUGGCCGGCCGUGACGAGGCGGCUAAAACAGGGUCCUACGGAGCCGCAGAAGGAGGCGGCUGUGACACCACGAAGGAACAGUUCAACCGCUACGUCAAGGGGAUGUGCGUGGUUUGCAACGAAGGAAGCUUCGACCAGGUGUUGGACUUGCUCUUCCGGGCCUACUCGACGGCGAGGGACGAUUGCACGAUCACGCGCAACGAAAUGGCGGCGAUACUCUCCAAGCAUGUCGUCUAUGAGGACUCAGAGGGGUUGUAUUUGAAGUUCUUCUGGUGCGUUGCUGUGAACAACAUGCGCUCUUCUUUCGCUGAGACACCUUGGGAGAGGGAGCCCAUGGAUAUCACUCACUCCUCCUCUUCUGCUGAUUGCCCGAACGUUCGACGUCAUCAAACCUUGACCUGUGCGAAAACCUGUGCGAAACCACAACAGGACCCAACGGAGGAAAAAGAUCGGGUGUACAGAUGGCUGAAACGACAAUUUGUACACCUUGCACCGACGACCUCUCGGACGACAAACUUGGGAACGGCUACAACCAUGAUUGCCUCGAGUGGCCAUGUAGCAGCAGCAGGGAAGUAUCAAGAAGGUGGCGGUUGCGUAAGCUGGGACAGCGCUCGCGAGCUUCUUCGGCGAGGCCCCCAGCGAUUGAUGGACUCUUUGGCGGUGGACUUGCCCUGCCUGUCUAAGGACCUGUGGAGUGCGGACCUCGUUGAUUUGGGGAGAACCAAUCUCAUGUCGUCGUUGCAGUAG